CUACUCCGCCCCGCAGCGGCCCGAAGGGAGUCGGCCGCGGCGGCUGUCCGAAGCGGUGAGGACCGACGGGCCGGCGGGGGCAGCGCUCCCUCCGCUGACCGUGCAGCUCGGGGGCCGGGGCGAAGUCAAGUCGCCAAGGGCAGAUCGCCAGGCUGAUUCAGCUCCCUGUGAGAUUCCGCAGAGCAGAGCUGUUCCUGCAGGCUCCUGGCGGUCCUGAACAGCCCAUCUCAGCGGGCCGUUUUCUUCUUGUGAUUGUCAUGGAAAAUCAACUGGCUAAAUCAACAGAAGAAAGAACGUUUCAGUACCAGGAUUCUCUUCCAUCACUGCCCGUUCCUCCACUUGAAGAAUCACUAAAAAAAUACCUUGAAUCAGUAAAGCCUUUUGCAAAUGAAGAAGAAUAUAAGAAAACUGAAGAAAUAGUUCAAAAAUUUCAAAAUGGAAUUGGAGCAGAAUUGCACCAGAAGUUACUUGAAAGGGCAAAAGGAAAAAGAAAUUGGCUGGAGGAGUGGUGGCUGAAUGUGGCCUAUCUGGAUGUUCGUAUACCAUCACAACUGAAUGUCAACUUCGCGGGUCCUUCGCCCCAUUUUGAACACUACUGGCCUCCAAAAGAAGGCACUCAUUUAGAAAGAGGAAGUAUAAUUCUUUGGCAUAACUUGAACUACUGGCAGCUAUUAAGAAAGGAAAAAGUGCCUGUUGACAAAGUUGGGAACACUCCUCUAGAUAUGAAUCAAUUCCGAAUGCUGUUUUCUACCUGCAAGGUUCCAGGAAUUACUAGAGAUUCAAUUAUGAAUUAUUUUAGGACUGAGAGUGAAGGGCAUUCCCCAAGUCACCUUGCAGUGCUGUGUCGCGGCCGAGUUUUUGUCUUUGAUGUAAUACAUGAAGGCAGUCUGAUCACCCCGCCAGAGUUUCUCAGACAGCUGACGCACAUCCAGGAGAAGUGCCGCAGGGAGCCCGAGGGGCCUGGGAUAGCCGCGCUCACCAGUGAGGAGCGGACCCGGUGGGCUAAGGCACGAGAAUAUUUGAUUAGUCUCAAUCCAGAGAACUUGACUUUGUUAGAAAAAAUUCAGAGCAGCUUAUUUGUGUAUUCCAUGGAAGAUGGCAGGCCACAUGUAACACCGGAAGAUUAUUCCCAGAUAAUUUCGAUACUGUUUAGUGGAGAUCCUACGGUACGCUGGGGUGACAAAUCCUAUAAUUUGAUUUCCUUUUCUAAUGGAGUAUUUGGCUGUAAUUGUGAUCAUGCUCCGUAUGAUGCAAUGGUGAUGGUGCACAUUGCCCAUUACGUUGAUGAGAAAAUUUUAGAGAAUGAAGGAAGAUGGAAGGGCUCAGAGAAAGUACGGGAUUUACCUUUUCCAGAGGAGCUUGUCUUCACGGUGGAUGAGAAAAUACUGAAUGACAUCAGCCAAGCUAAAGCCCAGUAUCUUAAGGAGGCAUCUAAUCUGCAGUUUGCAGCAUAUGCCUUCACAUCUUUUGGCAAAAAACUAACCAAGAAGAAGAAGCUUCACCCCGACACAUUUAUUCAGCUUGCACUUCAGCUGGCCUAUUACAGACUUCAUGGACGCCCUGGUUGCUGUUACGAAACAGCAAUGACAAGAUACUUUUAUCACGGCCGUACAGAGACUUUGCGUCCGUGUACAACAGAAGCAGUCAGAUGGUGCCAGUCCAUGCAGGAUCCUUCUGCCAGUCUCCUGGAGCGGCAGCAAAAGAUGUUGGAAGCGUUUGCAAAGCAUAACAAGAUGAUGAAGGAGUGCUCUUCUGGAAGAGGCUUCGACCGUCACCUUCUAGGUCUCUUACUCACAGCAAGAGAGGAAGGUCUCCCUACUCCAGAGCUCUACACGGACCCACUUUUUUCUCGAAGUGGAGGUGGUGGAAAUUUUGUCCUUUCAACCAGUCUGGUUGGUUAUUUACGAAUCCAGGGAGUGGUGGUGCCCAUGGUUCACAAUGGCUAUGGAUUCUUCUACCACAUCCGAGACGACAGGUUGACUCUGUGGUUACGUCAUCCGGAGGAGUACACUAACCGGCUUGGUCUGGACAAGGUUUGUCGUGGCCUGUUCAGCCUGGAAAUCAUGUCCCGAGACAGAUGCAGAAAAACUAGUCCAGCUGAUUUUUCAUGCCUUCCAUGAUAUGAUGCAGCUGAUGAACACUGCUCAUCUUUAGAGACUAGUGCUUGUUAAGCACUCGCCAAAAUACAUUAAACUAGGUGCUGGGAGUGGGUUGGUGAUGAGAUGGGAAGGAGUGUUGUGAUUUGAGAAAGGAAAUGUUAACAGUAGAAAUUGAUAAAAAUCAUGCUAAGUGUAUUCUGCCAUAGAAGUAAUGUGUUUAAGCUUCCUCUGAUGCAGCAGCAAUGCAAAUGAUGAUCUAGUGAAUUGAGAACUAUGCAAUGUUCCAGAAAAGCCACAACAAUGCAGAUCUACAGAUUUUAGCAAUGGAAGUCUUAACCUACUUUUAAAAUAUUUUGUUGGUACUUGUAUAGGUUAUAAAUCCUCUCUGAAUGUCCAUAUUUCAAGCACUUUAACAUUUUCUAAUUGCCAAAGUGUAUGAAAUACAUGAUGGGAUGAGAAUUCCUCUGAAAUCAUUGGCUUCCAUAUUCACCACUGGCUGGCUGGGAGAGACCACUCUGAUCUAAUCAUGAUCGAAGAGAGAUUAUUCAACAUAAAGGGUUAUUUGCAUUUUCUAACAGACAGGAAAAAAAUUUAAAAACCCUAACAAAAUCAAAUGUGAUAUACUGCUAUAAUUAAUUUUGUCAGUAUAGCAAAUUUGAUUAUUAAAGUUAGUGACUUUUAAAGAGUUCAGUGUUGAAUCAGAUUCUCAGGAUUUUAAGCCUGUUUUUUCUUGUUCAGUUUUGUAGUUUCUAUUCUCAAAAAUAAAACCUUCAAAAUCA